UCAGAUGACUUCCAGGUCUACUUCUGCACAGAGUUUCAUUGUAAAAAAUUUUUUGAUAUGGUUAACAGUAUUACUGAAGAAAAUGAAAAAAAAAAAAAACACAGACGAUGUGGAUUUUGAUGGAGAUUCCCUUGAAUUUGAUUAUGAAUAUGAUGAAAAUGGUGAUAGAGUUGUCCUGGGUAAGGGUACCCAUGGAGUGGUAUACGCUGGACGAGACCUCAGUAACCAAGUGAGAAUUGCUAUCAAGGAGGUUCCUGAGAGGGACAGCAGGUACUCUCAACCACUUCAUGAAGAGAUUGCACUUCACAGGCACCUGAAACACAAAAACAUUGUCCAAUAUUUAGGCUCCUUCAGUGAAAAUCGCUUUAUUAAGAUAUUUAUGGAACAGGUGCCAGGAGGAAGCCUUUCUGCUCUUCUGCGAUCAAAAUGGGGACCUCUGAAACAAAAUGAACAAACAAUUGCCUUUUAUACCAAACAGAUUCUUGAAGGUUUAAAAUAUCUUCAUGACAAUCAGAUUGUUCAUCGAGAUAUAAAGGGGGAUAAUGUAUUAAUUAACACCUAUAGUGGUGUUCUGAAAAUCUCCGACUUUGGUACAUCUAAGAGGCUGGCUGGAAUCAACCCAAAUACGGAGACAUUCACUGGCACGCUUCAAUAUAUGGCUCCAGAAAUAAUUGAUAAAGGACCAAGAGGAUAUGGGAAGCCAGCCGACAUAUGGUCCCUAGGCUGCACUGUAAUAGAGAUGGCCACAGGAAAGCCUCCGUUUUAUGAAUUAGGAGAGCCACAGGCUGCCAUGUUUAAAGUUGGCAUGUUUAAAAUCCACCCAGAAAUACCUGAAUCCAUGUCAGCAGAGGCCAAGGCCUUUCUACUGCGCUGCUUUGAACCAGAUCCCGUGAAACGUGCAACUGCUACUGACUUACUUAUGGAUGAGUUUUUGAAGGUUUCCAUGAAAAAACGAAAAUCCAAUCUAAAACUGUCAGCCCUUUCCCCUGGAACAAGUGAAUAUCUGAGAAGUAUAUCAUUGCCGGUCCCAGUAAUGGUGGAAGAUACAAGCAGUAGCAGUGAAUAUGGAUCAGUUUCUCCAGACACUGACUUAAGAUCAGAGCCUUUCUCUUUUAAAUCAAGAACAAAGUCUUGUGUGGAAAAAGAGGGCAAGAGUCCAAGGAGUUUUUUCCUUGGGAUUCCAGAUGAGCAGUUUGAAGAUCACAGCGCUCCUCCAUCUCCAGAGGAAAAAGAUUCUGGAUUCUUCAUGCUGAAGAAGGAUAGUGAAAGAAGAGCCACUUUGCAUCGCAUCCUCACUGAGGACCAAGACACUAUAGUUAGAAACUUGAUGGAAGCUUUAGGUCAGGGUGCAGAUGCAACUAAAAUUAAAAUGGGACCAUAUAACAACUCUGGUGAUCAGUCUACGAGAAUUCAUAAGAUCAACUGACCGUAAAAUCAUUGCUUCAACCCUGUCAAAACUUAAACUUGAGCUGGACUUUGACAGUCAUGCCAUCAGCCAGAUCCAAGUGGCUUUGUUUGGUUUUCAAGAUGCGGUGAAUACAGUACUCCGAAACCACAAUAUCAAGCCCCACUGGAUGUUUGCUCUAGACAGCAUAAUUCGUAAGGCUGUGCAAACAGCCAUUACUACAUUAGUUCCAGAACUGAGGCCACAUUUCAGCAUUACCUCUGAAAGUGACCCAGCAGACCAAGAUGACAUAGAGGUUGAGGAGGAUCACAACGAACACACCACACAAGAGCCCAGCCAAGUCCCUAGUGCAGUGAAUGAGGACAAUGUACAUACAUCAGGUGUGAGCACCCUCAGCUCCACCGUGUCUCAUGACUCUCAGAAUGCGCAGAGAUCACUCAACAUGCAACUGGGAAGACUAAAAAUUGAGUCAAACAGGCUUCUAGAGGAACUGUUACAGAAGGAAAAAGAUUUUCAGGCUCUUCUUCGACAGGCUAUUGAAGAGAAAGAUCAAGAGAUCAGACGUCUUCAGCACAGAUCCCAGCCAAUAAAUAUUCCUGGGAUUUCAGUUUCCCACACAAGACCAUCUAAUACAAGUAAUGAAGAUCUUGAACUUAUUUACUGGUUGCAGCAGCAUCAUGUGGAUGAGGAAACAAUAAACAAGUUUUUGGCAGAAGAUUAUCGGUUUGGAGGAUAUCCAGUGGCAUGUUACAAGAGAUGACUUAAAGUCUAUGGAUCUCAGGGGAGGAACCUUGUGUGCAAUCUGGAAGGCCAUUACUGAUCUCAGAGAAAAGCAGUCUUCUUGA